AUGAAUAUAGCUGCAAUAAAGUUUAGGAGAGCAAACGCAGUGACCAAUUUCGAGAUGAGUCAUUACAAGGUGGAAGCCAUUGCCAAGAGCUCCAUUCCUGUUGGUGGGAUAGCCAAGCACUCGAAACUCCCACUGGAAGCAAAAGGGAAACCUCCUACUAACGCUAACCUGCAAAUACAGUCGAGCAGCAACAACAUCAACUUUGCGCCCCUUCAGCAGCCUGUAUCCACCAUUACAUGUGGAAUACCAUUUGAUGUAAACUUCUUCCACCACCUCCAUCCUACCAAUGCAGGUGUUUCCGUUGCUGCCCUGACCAUGGUAACUCCAAUGCCAGUUGCUGGUAGCUACGACAGGAAGAGCGGCCGGAGUGGUGCAGAGGAAACUUCAAGUAUAGUACGACCUUCAAAAUCGUCCGAUGGCGGAAUAGUACAUAAAAUUGCUGCCGGAGGAUGCGAUGAACCUUCUUCUCCAUUGUUCCAAGGUAACAGUGUAUGCUGCUUGGUUCCAAUUUGUUCUAGAAUGUACAGUCCAAGAAGCUGCAAUCUACUUCCAUUGACUUCUUAA